AUGCAUUCGGUGCCAGCAGCGGCUGCAGCCGCCGGGACCGCCUUCACUGGGAAAUGGCUCUUCGAUUACAACCGGGCCAACUUUCAGUACGAUGUGCCUCAACGCUUCGGACGUUACAUGACCUCCAGGGGCAUGCUGAACACCCAGGUUGGCCAGUAUCGCCAAGAUGUUCAUGGCAUUGCUGAGCUCACUUCCUCCAAGAUGGACACCGUACAAGCCAUGAUGACCUUGGUUCUUUGUGUGUGUGCAGCUCUCUCAGAUGCUGGACGCAUUGGCAUGCACGGCUGCGCUCCUCCGCAAUGGCUUUGCGCCCUCUAUUCAGGUCACAUUUAUACUUCCAUUCUUCUCUGCGGGACAGCACUUUGGCUUGGCAUGCAUGGUUCUUUGCGGGCACAGUGCGCUGCCACUUCAUUGUUGACACGAAAGGUUCGGUUGCCAAUUCCUUCAAUGGCUCAGCUCGACGCUGCCCGAUCCUUCGGCUCGGCUUUCGAACAGCAGAAGCUGGGAGACCAGUUCAGAGUGCCAUUCAUGCGUCACCCUGAAGAUGCUCCUGAGCUUCCUCCUGCAUCUUCUGGCGAGUCGGGUGAGAAGGCCGAGAAAAAGAAAGAAGGCAAGGAAAGCAAGAAGAGCAAGAAGAAGUCUUCCAAGGUGGCUGCACCUGAUCCAUGCACCGAGUUCAGCAGCACUGCUCGCGACACCGUGCCCUCCUGGAUUCGUGAUGAACAGGCUGGUCUUGGCAUCAACUGUGGCAAGUGUUUCCAAGCUCACUCGUGCCUUUUGCUGAAAGCUGGCUUUUCAACCUUGACCGAUUUCAAUAUCCUGCCUGAGGUGGUUGACAAGGGGCUGGGAGUCAUGGGGAUGCAGACUCGUGAUGAUUUCGAACCUCAUGAGACUCCGGACCACUUCAAGAUGCUGUUGGCUGUCCACUUCUUAGCUGUCCACGCAGUCUUUGAUUUACAAGCUGGCAGCUCCUUCUUGACUAAGGCACAAGAGGAAUGGUGGCAGUACGAUGUUUAUGCCAGAGUGCUCAUGCUCUAUGGAUCUUGUCAGUUCCUGUAUGUCUGCUACUACUGCAUUGGUACCACCAUGGCAGAGCUGCGAGGGUUCUGGAUCUCCUGGUCCAUUCCUAUGCUCUUCAUGGGUGCUCAGGUUUUGAUCAUGCGCCUUGAUAUUGUGCGCACAUCAGGAAACCACAUGCUUCCGAACGCAGAGUGGCUUGGGCACAUUGCACCCUACUUUGCAGUUGCUGCCACAACCAUGGAGUACCGCUACUUGUACUCACCUACCACUGUGAUCCUCACUUGGGUCUGUGUCUUCUUGGCCUACUUUGGGCAUUUUGUCAUGGCUUUGCGGUUCCUGGAUUUGGCUUGGCCUGACUGGAACCGUCAAACAGACUUGCCGGACGAGGCGGGAAAGCCCUGGUGGCCAUCUACAUGGAAGGUGCCUUCGGCUUUCCGAAAUUCUUUGUGGCUUUUGGCACCUCCGAAGAAGUUGGAGCCCGGCCAGCAUGACCUCCUGCAUGAAGCUGAGGGCCUGGCAAAUUCCGGUGGCGGUGUGGAGAUUCGACGCCGCAAGGGCGACAAGAAGGGUCAGAAAGUCAAGGUGAAGGAGGCCACGGAGUCUCGCAAUGCUUUGUCCUUUCAGCAACAAAUGCGCCGACAGGCAGAGGGUGCCUACACAGGACGAUCUCCAUUCAAGGCCUUUGCAGAAGCUCGUUCCCCGGACUUACCCUGGCAACUGGCGCGAGUGGCAAUUUGUACCGUGGCCUUUGGGUGGGUUUACAUGGCUAUUUGCUUGUUCGUUGAGAUGACCAUUGGCCAAGACUCGGUGAUGAAGCCUCCUGGUGAGCCGCCAUGGAUCCGUGACCAGAAGAUGGUCAACGUUUGGAAGCCUGAUGCUUGGCAUAUGAGCAGCAUGCCACUGCCCGGUGACUACCGUCUUGAGUCCUCCACCCUGGCCAAGUAUGAAGAUGAUGGCUCCAUUGGCGGCUACAACUCUGAUGAUAUUCACUCCGUGGGUGUUGGCGUGAGCGGUGUCCAGGAGGAUGAGUCACAUUCGGGUGGAUCCCACUCAGACGAGACACAUGCGGGUGAUUCCCAUGCAGCCGAUUCCCACGCAGCCGACACUCAUGCUGCUGACUCCCAUGCUGCUGACUCCCAUGCAGCCGACACUCAUGGUGAUUCCCAUGAUACCCAUUCUCCAGAAGGCCACGGUGCUGGAGGACCGAUGAACUGCCUUGUAGAGCUGUUGCCUUUUUUGCUUGCAGAGCUGUGGAGCUUGAAUGAGCUACCAGCUACCACUGACAUCACUCCUGGCAAGGACAUCGACGCUUGUGCAGACGGCCAUUUGUUGCGCGAACUGCUGAAAGCUGCUGACGGCAUUGACUGGUUGCAAGAUUCCCUUGAGAAGCUGGCGAAUUCCGCUGCCCCGCUCUACGACUUGGCACCUGCACCGGCCAUUGGCUCUCCGUUCAUGGCACCGACUGCACCCAAGGCCAAGAAGGUGAAUUGGCCAUCGCUCUUUGAGCCGAAGCACCUGCUGUGCAAGGGUCCUGAGCUCAUCGCUUUGACACCCCGCGGCUUUGGUGCACAUCUUUCAAAUCAAGAUGCAGAGUGA